CGGCCCGGCCCGUUGCCAAGGAAGGCGCGCCGCGCGGCCCUUAGCAACGGGCCCGCUUUCAACCCCGCCAGGCCCCAUGGCGGUCGCCGCCGCCAACCCCACCGUCUUCCUCCUCAUGGUCAGCGGGCAGAUCGAGAGCGCGCAGUUCCCACAGUACGACGACCUCUACUGCAAAUACUGCUUCGUGUACGGCCAAGACUGGGCCCCCACCACGGGUUUGGAAGAAGGUAUCUCACAGAUCACAUCGAAGAACAGGGGCUCUCAGCAGGACCUGGUGUGGAACUUCCCCAUCGACAUCACCUUCAAAAGCACCAACCCCUUUGGCUGGCCUCAGAUAGUCUUAAGUGUGUACGGCCCAGAUAGUUUCGGCAAUGAUGUGGUUCGAGGCUACGGAGCUGUCCACAUUCCUUUCACUCCAGGAAGCCAUAAAAGAACCAUCCCGAUGUUUGUCCCGGAAUCGACGUCCAAGCUGCAGAAGUUCACAAGCUGGCUCAUGGGACGACAGCCGGAGUUCACGGACCCCAAAGUGGUGGCGCAGGGAGAGGGCCGGGAAGUGACCCGGGUGCGUUCCCAGGGCUUUGUGACUCUCUCGUUCAACGUGGUGACCAAGGAGAUGAAGAAGCUGGGUUACGACGUGAGCCCAGCCGGAAUGCCCAGCCCCUCGCUGGCCUCCAUGGGAGACGGCCUCCAUAGAUACUAAAGCGGAGGAUGGGCCCCGUUCGGCCUCCGCUCAACAGCUGCGUUUCCAACCAGCCGGGGGUUUGAACCGGACUGCCUGAUGCCCAUUCAGUUCUCACAGGAUUCGUCUGCAGGGCGGUAGGGGAUUCAGAACCUCGGGCGCUGGAUAACAACAUGUCAAAGUAGGUGCCGUUCAGCUUUUUAACGCCCUUUCGUGUGACGCGCUCCCUGCUCUUUAGGAAACUGAAGUUAUCAGGGAGCGAAGAUCUGCACAGCUCUCGUGGUGCAGGGCGUUUCGUUGCUGUGAACAGGCAUGAGAGGGCAAGUUAAAAUGACAAUUCCACAUUGCACCCCGCAGAGCGAUGGCAUUUUUAGUGACCUAAUGCCUUUAUGGGAGAGUGAUGAAUGAACUGUCACCCACACCGCUGGGGCCGCUCGAGUUAUCCCGAGCGAGGUUGCUCACAGUAUUUGCACUUGUGUUAAAGCAAUAUAAGAAAGAGCGACGGAAAUGCCUCUCUCUGUACAAAACGAACCAGCUCCUUCAUGUGUUACCGUUUUCCCUGAAAGCAGCGUUCCUGUAGAUCUCCGAAAUGUCACUGUUAUCACUGGCCUUUAAGACUAAGGUCUUCAGAUGUUACUUUGACCGUUUUCGAGAAGACAUGUCUACUUGUUUAACUUUCCCACACAUUUGGAUGGCCAUUUAGCAUGCAGCCUACUGGGCAUGAAGUAGAGAAGAUCAAUGUCAGGACACACAAGAGCUUUUUGCAUGUUGUUCACAAGACGUUAAAUGAUACACACACACACCCAAGUCUCAUCAAAAGCCACGUGGUCCACUUUGAUGAAACCUCUCUUUGUCAAACCGUUCCCGUCUGUAUGCAGAUUUUUCGUAAAUUCCGACAGAAUUCGGAGCAGGCCAAAAAAGGGAACUUCGCUGCUGU